AUGCCAAUCCUUAGUUCAAAAAAAGUUGUAUCUGUCUCGUCCAAACAAACACAUAAAAUUCCUACAAAUUGUGGGGAAGAGGAAGACAUUAUAGAAGUAGAAAUGGUUAGCGACAAUGGACAGGAAAAGGGAAAACAAGAGAGAGUAGAAGAAAUUUAUUAUGCAACAUAUAAAUGUAGAGAAAAGGAUAAAGAAAAAAUAGGCAAAGAAGUCAGUGAAGUUUUGGACGAGACAGAUGUCAAUGUCGACGACAGCAAACAUAAAAUAACCAAUAGAAAGCGAAAUUGCAUUCAUGAAGAGAAGUGGGAAAUUAAAGCACAAAAGAUAUGA